AGUUCAGUUGGAUGGGAUCUGGCAACCAAAUCGAAAGAAGAUUUCCGUGUAUACAUGACAGUUUCGAUGGAAUGGCAAAGGGAGUAAACUACCAGACUGGAGAGAAAAAAACAUUUUCAAGUUGAACGAAUCCUUCCAAGGGAGGGCGGUGCAUGUGAUAUUGAUCACGUUAUCUACCGGUAGCUGUCUAGGAUUGGUCUAGCGCGUUAACCAAGAUGAUUACUAGAGACAUUGAAAACAAACCCACCCUGCACUGUAUUAUCUGGAUAGAGUCAAUGUAGCUAUAUUGGUUCACAAGUAGUUUCUCGACGUAACGUACUAGAGAAAAAGUGAGGAUGGUUCAUGUAUACAACUGUCACCCCUUCGCGUCCCAGCAAAUUGUGCCAACCGAGCAGGAACCUGGUUUGGUUUGUUGUGGAGGGGGUGCCUUGUUUGUUGUGUCCGCGGGAGGAUGCAAGAUCGAGGCUUUUCUACUGGAAGAGGAGGGGUGUCCUCUUAUCUGUCGCUUCGCAACCAUGGGGACUGUGCAGCGAAUCCUACACAGCGAGAUAGGGGACUACCUGGUAACCAUUGAGGAGAAGAACAACGCCACCUACCUCCGUGCCUACACAAAUUGGCGCUACCAGGCCGCAGAAAAGACCCGCGUGGGUGUGCGUCUGCUUGGCCACUUCUUGCGUGGCUCAUCCCUACACGGGGCUCCCAAGGAACAGAUGGAGAUCAUUGAGAUUCCACUGUUUGAGCGUCCACUGUGUGUGGCGUGCUGCGGGGUGACAGGGGACCUGCUGGUGGGGUGUCCUAAAAGCCUGGUGUUGUUCAGUCUCAAGAGACAGGCCCUCAGCGACAAGCUCUCUAUCCUUGACUUUGAGCGUUGUCUGAUCCUCCACCUCACGGGACUGUCACCUCAUCAGGUGGCGAUCUGUUCAGGGUACAUUGCCCUGCAAGCAGAGCUGGAGGUGUUGGUGGUCAAACUGGAGAGACUUCCUGGUUCUGCCUUUACUCAGAAGUCAGCUGACAAUAAACCCCAGGACCACUCCCUGGUUCCCAAGGACAUGAUCACUGGUGCAGAACAUGACACUGACACAGAGUUGAGGAGAGAGGGUCUGGCUGGUAACCAAGACCUGGAUGACUUCUUCAUAUUCCCUAAGCACCAGGAGCUACUGGGGGAAAUGGCCAAGGACUGUGGGGUCAAGGUUUCUUUGGAAUGGACAGGCAUGGAGAGCGAAUCCAGGGACAAUCUCGCAAUCACCUAUAUCUUAUAUAGGCGUUUUGCUCCAGACUUCUUCCAGGGUUGCAGUGUGGAGGACACCCACCUGCACUCCCUGCAGCUUCACCCCAUGUUUACUAGUAACCAAGACUUCUGCGCAGACGGUAGUAGAGGUGUGGAGCCGACGUGUGUCUUCUGUUUUUUUUCGCUGCCCAGCACAGGCUAUGUGUACAGCGUGAGGGGAGGGGUGGAGAUGGUCUCAGCCUAUCAGUAUCCAGAGAAAGCCCAGCAGGCGGUCCUCACUGACCUCUUCCUUCAUAUCAUCACCAAGAAUGCUCUCCAGUGCUUCUCAGUUAGGUGUGCUGCAGUGGCAGCUAGAGCUGAGGACCCUUACAUCGACACGACCAUGAAGGCUUGUCCUCCCAUCACCAUGGAGGUGUGCGCUCUGCGUAUCCAGCUCUUCAUUGGUCUAAAGGCUCUUUGUCACAAUCGCCACCACAUUGUCCUGCUGACUGCCGCAGACGUGGAGACCAAGGAGGACACGGAGAAGGCCACGCGCAGGAACACAGAAUGCAAAGAUCACAAAACCCUUACAGGGAUUUUGCUAGCGGUAGGUAUAGAACCCUCCAGCAAUCCCGGUUUGGAGAGUUUCCUGGCUCGCUCCUUCCUGAACAGAAAGUCAUCCUUCGCCAAGCACCGGGAUCCCAGUGAGAUGGGUCAUGGCUGGAACCUGUAUGUGGUCAACACCGUCCCACCACUCCAACUCUACAAUGAGAUGGUGGAGUACAGUAAGAAGUAUGAGGAGACCAACCCUCUGUCUCAGAGCUGUCUGCACCUGCUCAGCGAGGCCCACCUCCUCCUGAGAGCCACUCUCCUGGCCCCUCGGAUGAGAAACCCUGUAGGGCAGUGUCAGAGCAGUAAUCAGAACCUAUCCCUUUCCCUGGGGUAUAAUGCAACUGACACAACAGGCAGCAGCACUGACAGAACCCCAGACCGACAGGAGCUGCAGCUGGCCUUCCAGGAGAGCUGUGCCCAGUUAGGAGACUGCUUCAGUAGGUUUGACAAGCGUGACUGCCACCUGGCCCUGCCCUACUACAAGAUGUCAGGUCUGUCCGUGACAGAGGUGAUCUCCAGGAACAGGUGUCUUUCCGUCAGCCCCUGUGGCUAUGGAAAGGGCUUCCUCUUCUUUCUCAAACACUCCCUGUACGAUGAGACCAUGGAGGAGCUGACAGAGGAGACGGCCAACGAGGUUCUGGAUAUCUUCGGUGCGGCUGAGCCGUCCCAGCUUCCUCAUGUCAUAGCCAGCCCCUCGAUGGUUAGGGCCAGCCCUGGCAGCGGUCUGGCUCACCUGGAGAGCCUGGAGUCCAUCACAGGCCCCGCUGUACCCCUCACUCUCUCCAAGGCUGCUCUGGCUCUCCGCAUGGGAGACCUGCAGCUCUAUAGACAACACAUGGACAGGCACGCAGAGAUGCUGCAGGUGUAUGGCUUCAUCGAGGAGCCCAAGCUGUUGCUCCACGGCAGAGGGCAUGCGGUGGUGCCCACCCCCUUGGCACGCCACCUCAUGGAGAGCCAGGAUGGCCUGCUGGUGGCGGCUUUGGUGGCGCUCCAUGAGAACAACAAGGUCAAACUGGAUGAGGCCGACCUAUUCUUCCAGGACCUGUGUGGGAAGGUGUCAGGGCUCCAGGGAGGCCCUCAGCUGCUGGUGGACUUCUGGGAAGCCCUGCUGAUGGCAUCGUCACAGGAAGCUGUCAUCCAGGAACUGCUGUUUCGUCUCACCUCUGUCUACAUUGACCGCGUUGCAUGCCGAGACAGUAAUGGCAUCAAACCACUGAAGACUGCCGACGACCUGAUAAACUCCUGCUCUCACUUUGGCGUCAUUUAUCCCUGGGUGAGUAUACUCACUCCAGCUCACUUUAACAUCGUUCAUGAUCACCAAGAAGACCUCCAGAAAUUACAGUCCCUGCUUUGUGGUCCCACACUGGAUGUGUCAUCAAUUCUGCCCCUGCUGGAGCAGCUACCUGACGAAGAUAAUGCAGGGCUCAGUCUGCACGUGCUCUGUGCCACCAAGCUGGGCCACCAUGACAGCUCCAUCGAGAGGCUCCUAGACUGCUGUCCUGAGGCCAUCAUUCCCUACGCUAACCAUGAGCUGCAAGUCAACAAAAGGGCUCUGUGGUGGCAGAAGCUGUUACCUGAGCUGUGUGAGAGAACCAGAGCAGCAGGGGAAGAGAACACUAUCUUACUGUCUGCACUCAAAGAAACACUGGUGGUGGUUGCCAUGGAGCUGAACCCUUUGGAGUUCUUGGACCUUUUGCCUGAAGACGGAACAGCAGAAUUCUUCCUGCCUCACCUGCUGGAUUGCAGCAAGAGAAACCUCAUGACAUGAGCAGAUGAAGACAGGCCGCAGAAUUGGUAGAAUGGACAUGCAGUAGCUCCAAAAAAAGUUUGAUUGGCCACUCAAAUGAUACGUCAGCUUAGUUGAAUUUGACAGAGAUACAAGAGUAGAACACAAGUGUCUACAAACAUUACAAAUGUUAGUUUGAUUAAAAUGUAAAUGUUUAAACAUUCCAUUCUCUGCUGGGGUCAAGUAAAGGGCCUGCUCCAGUCUAUUACUGUGCAAAACUGGAGUACACCUCUAUUUUUCAAUAUUGGCCACCAUUUAAUUCAAAAUUUUAGUCGAAUGAAAUUAUAAUAAUAGACAUGAACUGAGUGGUUUAAAUGUUCCAUUUAUCCUGCCAUAUGUCAGGUACCAUUCGAAUGUGCAUUUGUAUACUGCUAAUGGUAGUUCGCAAGAAAUAUUGGCCAGCUUGAAACUUUUUAAAGUCGAGUGAACAUUAUGGAAGUGAAUGUACAAUGUAAUUGUACAGUGAUUUGUUGGACCAAUCAAUCAAUGACAUUUAUUUAUAAACCGGUUUUUACAUCAGCAGUUGUUACAAAGUGCUUUUACAAAACACCCAACCUGAAACCCCAAGGAGCAAACAACAACAGUAUUGAAUUUCAGUGGCUAGGAAAAACUCCCUAAAAAGGGAGUUUUUGUCCAUCAGAAGUUUGUCCAUCAGAAGUUUGUUCAAGGCACAUGUUGAAUAAAAAUGUACUUCAUUUUGAAAAA